GCUGAGCUGACCUGCUACUAACAACUUCCACUCUUCCGCCGCCUUUUCAAGUGAUUCAAACUCGACCUCAUCAUGGUGUCAAUGGGACGACAGAUGCUGGGCUUUGCCCUGGGCAUCAUUGGCUUCCUGGGGACCAUCAUUGUGUGCGCCCUGCCCAUGUGGAAGGUGACAGCCUUCAUCGGAGCCAACAUUGUGACGGCGCAGGACAUCUGGGAGGGCCUGUGGAUGAACUGCGUGACGCAGAGCACGGGCCAGAUGCAGUGUAAGAUCUACGACUCCCUGCUGGCUCUGCCCCAGGACCUCCAGGCGGCCAGGGCCCUCGUGGUCAUCUCCAUCAUCGUCGCCGCUAUGGCGGUCAUCCUGGGAGUUGUCGGAGGCAAGUGCACCAACUUCGUGAGCGACGAAAGCUCCAAAGCCAAGGUGGCCAUCGCCUCUGGAAUCAUUUUCAUUUGCGCCGGCGUUCUGAUCCUCGUCCCCGUCUGCUGGUCGGCCAACACCAUCAUCAGGGAUUUCUACAACCCCAUCCUGACCAACCCCCAGAGGAGGGAGCUGGGAGCCGCGCUCUACAUCGGCUGGGGCACAGCCGGGGUUCUACUGCUGGGUGGGGCCCUGCUCUGCAGCUCCUGUCCACGCAAAGACAGCCCCGAGUACCCAGUCAAGUACGCCCCCGCCAGGUCCACAGCCACCAGCCGAGAAUAUGUCUGAGACUUCCGUCCUCCUGAAAAAUAUUUUACCUUUU